ACCCCGGAUCCAUCUCCCCCGAGGAGGGCCCGUCACGACACCCCGGAUCCAUCUCCCCCGAGGAGGGCUCGUCAUGACGCCCCAGAUUCUUCUCGCCCGAGGAGGGCCCGUCACGACACCCCGGAUCCAUCUCCCCCGAGGAGGGCCCGUCAUGACACCCCGGAUCCUUCGCUCCUCCGGAAGCCUCAUCGUCAUCCUUCAGGUAUAUCUCCGAGGAGGGCCCGUCAUGACACGCCAGAUCUAUGUCCUCCUAGGGGGGCCCAUCACAGUUCCUCGGAUCUCUCUCCCUCAGGAAGGGCCCGCAACAGCCCCCCUGACCCAGCUCAACCUAGAAGGACUCUUGGCCCCUCGGACGCAUCGCAGCUCCGGAGAGCCUGUCGUGACUCUUCCAGUUUGGCUCCUGAAGAACCUCAUUCGCUGCCCAGAAACAAGAGCAGCAAAGCCCCAGGAAGGGCCUCUAGCAGAGCCUGUGCACAUUGGCAGGGGCCAGGGCGCUCUCCUCCGUCCCUGUCCAAGAACAGCAAACGUGACUACGACUUGGGUCUCUCUCCUCCACGGAAAACACAAGCCAAGUCCCAUUUUGGAAGUAAGCAGCCUGAUUCUAAAG